AUUCUUCAAGCUCAACGUCUCGAAAAAAUGGGUAUUAAUGGAAAGGAUGAGAGUCAAGUUAACACCGAGCGGAUCGCCGUACUGGACUUUGGGGCUCAAUAUGGAAAGGUGAUUGAUCGUCGCGUUCGAGAAGCAAACGUGCUUUCCGAGAUGUUUCCGUUAAAUGUGAGUGCCCGAGAGAUAAUGGCAAACGGGAAAUUUAAAGGUAUUAUUAUCUCAGGCGGUCCAAAUUCGGUCUAUGCACCGGGAUCACCUCAAAUCGACCCCCUCAUAUUUACAUGUGGUUUGCCCGUAUUGGGCAUUUGUUAUGGUUUUCAACUCAUGAACAAAGGGCAUGGUGGUGAUGUUUCUAAGGAGCAAAUAAGAGAGGAUGGACAAUCUUCAAUCUGGAUGGAUACCUCUUGCGAAAUGUUCCAUGGUCUUAACGAAAACGAGCAGGUGCUGUUAACUCAUGGAGAUUCUGUCACGGAAAAAACAGUAGCGCCAAAUUUCAAAGUUGUUGCUAAGAGUGGUGCACAUGUCGCAGGUAUUGCAUGUCCUGAAAAAAGACUGUACGGGGUGCAGUUCCAUCCGGAAGUCGACUUGACUAUGAACGGAAGGAAAAUUUUAGACAAUUUCCUCUUUCGAAUAUGUGGAUGCACGGGAGCUUAUACAAUGAGUAACCGUGAACAAAUGUGUAUUGAUGAAAUCAGAAAUACUGUCGGAGACAAGAAAGUGUUGGUAUUGGUUUCCGGCGGUGUAGACUCAUCAGUAUGUGCUGCCUUAUUAAAAAAAGCUCUUGGAAGCGAGAGAAUUACAGCAAUUCAUAUUGACAACGGAUUCAUGAGAAAGGAUGAGAGCGACAAUGUGAUUGAAAGUCUGAAGGCGAUCGAUGUUCCUGUACACAGAGAACAUGCCGGAAUCAAAUUCAUGGUUGCUACUCUGUCUGGUAAAACUGGCGACGGUGACCCGCUUGAUCGAACAGUUGAUCCAGAGUUGAAGCGCCAAAUUAUUGGGAACACAUUUAUUCGGGUGAAGGACUAUCUCAUGGAAGAGUUGAAACUAAAUAAAGACGAUUAUUUCCUUGCUCAAGGGACGUUGAGACCAGAUUUGAUUGAAAGCGCUAGUGAACUUGCUAGUAAACAUGCUGAUACUAUCAAAACUCAUCACAACGACACAGCUCUCGUCAGGGAAUUGCGAGCAUUAGGCCGUGUUGUUGAACCACUGAAGGAUUUCCAUAAAGACGAAGUGCGUGAGUUGGGCCGGUCACUUGGGCUUCCUGACUAUCUUGUUUACAGGCAACCGUUUCCUGGUCCUGGUCUUGCAAUAAGAAUUAUUUGUGCUAAGGUUAGUUUUACUCUGCCACACAUGUGCAGUGAUUUUGCACCAACACAUCAGUGCUUAAAUGUGUUAGUUAACCUUCGACAUCCACCGGCAACACCAGUUGAAAUUAUGGCAGCGUUAAAAGACUGGGAAAUCGCAGAAUUUUUAUCACAACCUUUUGUAAUUACUGCUACACUGUUGCCAAUUAAGAGUGUUGGUGUACAAGGAGACAGUCGGUCUUAUUCAUAUGUGGCUGCUUUAUCCGUUGAGGAUACUUUUAUUCCUUGGAAAUUACUUGCUCGUUAUGCCACUAUUAUCCCUAAACUACUUCAUAAUAUUAACAGAGUUGUUUACGUUUUUGGUGAACCGGUGAACUAUCCAGUUACCACCAUCACACCCACAUACCUUAACGCAUUCAGUGUUAAAAUGCUUCAAGAGGUAGGGUUAGUAGUCAGCUUAAGGUUCACUCCAUUCACAUUCCUUUUUAUUGUUGCUAUGCCUGUGGUUAUGAUUCCAAUUCACUUCGAUCGUCCACCCACGGAAAUAAAUUCGUAUAAACGGUCUUUUGUGUUACGACCGUUUAUUACCACUGAUUUCAUGACUGGUUUAGCAGCACUUCCGGGAAGAGACAUUCCUGAAAAGAGUAUCCAAGAGAUGGUACGGCGUAUUGUGUCGCAUGUUAAGGGCACCUCGCGGGUCAUGAUAGACCUUACUAGUAAGCCGCCUGGCACGACUGAAUGGGAGUGA